UUUGCUGCGAUCUGUCAUUAUUGAUGUCAAUGAGAUAGUAGAAGUGUUUUUAAUUUGUUUUGAUUUAUUAUAGCGUAAUUGUAGAUAAAAUACAUGUCCUAAGUCGAAUUAAUUCAUUGGAUUUCAUAUUUACACCCACUCCGAGCAAAAUGUACAAGGAAUUCCAUAAAAUUCUAUGAUUAUGCAUAAGUCUGUGUCCACGGAGCCAAUUAUUCAUGAAUGAUAUUGUAUUGUAAAAUGUACCCAGUAUGUCUUAUUUGAGUGCAUCUGAAAAUGUGGGGUAUAGUGGCAUACCGCAAACUAUAUCCGAUGCUACUUGUGCAUCACAAUAUAAAAUGGCUGUUGAGGGAGUACCAGCCGUUUGCAAUGAAAUGAACAGCUUCAUCAAUGAAAACUCAGGGGAUGAAAAUUCCUACAGCAAUGACAACUAUUUCCAUUCAAAAUUUAAAAUUGAUCCUAAUGAGCUUUAUACAUUUCAUGAUUCUGAUAUAAUAGCUGGUGAAAUAACAGUCAGCCACACAGAAGACAAUUUCAUUUUUAAUGACAACAUUGAUACAAAGCCAGUAAAAAUGUGCUUUGAAAGUCCAAGAUCAGACAUAGAUGUCACUGAUUCUACCAACAAGGUGUGCAUCAAAGAAGAGAUCAAACCAAAUGUAGUUCAGAAUGGGCAUUUAAAAACUGCAAACAAAACCACCUCACAAAAAGAUGUAAAGACUUCAAAUACCAAAGUACAGAAAGUUGUGAAGAGUCUCAGUCAGUUGAUAAAGGAUCCGUUGCGAACAAAACUUAGUAAUGUAGUGAAAUCAAGCAUAAACACCAAGGGCCAAGCUAAUGUUGCCAACAUGGCCGCCAAUCUACCGACUAGUACCAAAACCAGUAUUAAUAGUGUUAGUUCUAACCCUACCCCAGUAAUUCCGAAUGUAAAGACUGGUUCGGAAACUUUUCUGGAUGUGUUCAAGAGGGAACAAGGGCUGGUGGAAGAAGCUGCCGCUGUUAUUAAGACAGAACCCGAUCUCCCACCGCCAGUGAAAGUUCCAGGCCCACCACCGAUAAAGAAAAUUCCAUCAGGCAAGCCAGCCUCAGCCAAGCGGCGCGGGCGCGGGCCCACCGUGCACGAGGCCUUACAGCGGAUACCGCGGCGCGCGGUCCCGGUGGCCAGCCGGCCGUGGCACGCGCCCGGCCACGAGCUGUUCGACUGCGGCCCAUUGGGCGACCCCGGCCGGAGGCCCUUCACGAUGGUCGACUCGAGCAGCAGUGAGGACGACGAGCAUUGGCCCAAUUUUGGUGAGCACAUGGGGUGCGUAGAAGAGACAAUGGCGGAGUCUCGCGGCGCCCGAUUAGCCCUGCGCCGCGCCGCGCUCCGCCGCCAGGUGGCGCAGGCCUCGGCCGCCAUGAGGCUGCGCGACCGCCGCGCGCCGCUGCCCGCUGCCGCUAUUAAGAAGCAGCUAUCAUCACCGGGCGCUCGGCUGCCCGCGACCACGGUGAACCAGCUGUUAGCCCUGCGAGGCAUGCCCGCGUUGUUGACGUCACAGGAGCGGAGGGUGCUCAGACAAUCCGGCUGGUCGGGCGGCGAGUCGCUGCCCCCCUCCCCCUGCUCUCUCCCCGGCUGCCCCGCCCCCGCGCUGCCGCUCUGCAGCCACUGCUUACCGCACGCGCGGCGCAGCACGGGGCAGCAGCUGUACGCCGCGUGCGCCGCGCUGUUCGCCGACGGGGACCGCUGCGCCGCGCCCGUGCUGCCCCUGCAGGGACCCACGCCGCUGUGCGCGCAGCACCAGAGGAAGCGGGACAACUACGACAAGCUGUCUCGCGAGGUGAAGCCCAAGAAGCCGCUGGUGCGGCGCCGCUGGCCGCCGCCGCCGCGCCGCCGCCGCCGCCCGCCGCUCAAGAAGAUCAGUAGUGCGAACCAGAGUUUGUCGGAGCUGAACGUGUGCUCCAACUCGUCCGCGUACGACAGCUCGGAGGAGGCGGCGCUCGGCGCGCUCAGCGACUCCGAGUUCAUCGCCUCCGCCGCGCACGAACUGGAAGUUGAGCAAGUUCCACCUGACGACAUCCUGGACUCCGCAGUGUUGGGCCAGAUUCCGGACGAAGCUUUCACGGAGUUCUUCAAUCAAGCGGAAGGUGGCGCCACGUUCGCGGAGAGCUCGGAGCUGGCGCGCGCGCUGGAGGCCGUGCUGGACGAGCGCGCGCUCGACUCGCUCGCCGACAGCCUGCAGCCCGGCACCAAGAUGCAGGUGUCUUCUGUUGGUGUGGAGAUGUCAUCAGGCGUGUCGUCAUAACACUAUUUAUUAACAGUAAAGUUGUAGUAAGCUAAGCUAAACUCUAUGUAUAAUACAAUUCAGAACAAAUUCGUUU